AUGCUCAAAACACCCAUCAUUUUUGCUUUUUUUAAAAUUAAAAGAAAGGAAGGAACACUUGUCCAAUCUGAGGUGGAAAAAUCAUCGUUUGAAAAUUUGUUGGUAGGAAAUACACGUGCACUCCCUCCACCACUCCUACUGCAGUUCACAAUCAGCGUGCUUUUGGGGCUCUUUUUCCCUCAUCUGUAUCAGUCUACUUCACCAUUAAACAAAUCAUUGUCAAUCAUCGCUGCCCCUGCUGCUACUGUUAAUCAGACUCUUUCCACAACAAACAUUACUGUACGGUAUCACACACUCGAAACAUGGAUCACACUAUUUCAUCUGAAUUUAAUACUUCCAGAGAGUAAAGUUCUCCCGUCCCUUCCCCUUCUUCCUACAAAGACAAUACUCGGCAUGACAAGUUCUGUUGAUUUUUGCUUCAGAUAA